AUGUUCAACAGCAGAGCAUCCUCGAGCGCGGCCAUCAAGCGUCUCACCAUCGAAUACAAGCAGCUGUCCACCGAUCCCAACUCGCUCUUCCCGGCCGUCGGCCCCAUCUCGGAAGGUAACUAUCUCGAAUGGGAGGCGCUCGUUCCAGGUCCUGACGGCACCCCCUUUGAAGGUGGUGUCUUCUCUGCACGUCUCAGCUUCCCUGCCUCCUACCCGCUCGAACCACCAACCAUGCGAUUCGACCCACCCAUCUUCCACCCAAACGUCUACGCCGACGGUCUUGUAUGCAUCUCGAUCCUGCAUGCUCCCGGUGACGACCCAAAUAUGUACGAGUCCUCCUCGGAGCGAUGGUCGCCCGUCCAGUCGAUCGAAAAGAUCUUGCUCUCGGUGCUCAGCAUGCUCGCAGAGCCAAAUGUCGAGAGCGGUGCCAACAUCGAUGCUUGCAAAGUGUACAGAGACGACCGGGAGGGGUACGAGAAGAUCAUUCGCGAUUCUGUAAAGGAGCAGCUUGGCCUCUGA